CCUGCCCCUCUUUCUCAGAUCCUCUCAUAUAUUCCUCCCUCCCUCUCUCUCUCUCUCUCUCUCUUGAGAUCUCUCUCCACAAAGCCCAGCACCCCUCACAGAAAUCCAAAUCUUUACGCAUACAAAUAUAUAAAAGCUUUCUUCUUUCAAAAUUUUGGCGCUUUACAAUUGAUAACCAACUCUUUCCUCUUUUUUCUUUCUUGAAAUAACUGGAAAUUCACGUACUGAGUCUUUAAACAAAAACCUAGAUUUACAAAUUUUGAUUUCACAAUCAGGUGGUUAAUAGUUUGUGGGUCUGAAUCGGGUUGGAUCUUUGUGUUUCUGGAUCUUGAUUGGAAACCCUAAUUGAGCAAAUCGGGUCAAGAUUUAACUUGAAUCAAAGAAAUUGUAAUUUUAAGAAUUUGGUUUUUGAGAUUCUUGACUAAGUGGAAAUUUGUGGGUAUUUUGAGACCGUUGGAUAACGAAACAAGGGGAAUGGCUGAAGUGGGUCUAGAAGGGAACCAGCCAGUGGAUUUGUCUAAGCACCCAUCUGGGAUUGUGCCUACUCUUCAGAAUAUCGUCUCAACUGUCAACUUGGAUUGCAAGUUGGAUCUUAAAGCUAUUGCAUUGCAAGCACGUAAUGCUGAAUACAAUCCAAAGCGUUUUGCUGCUGUUAUUAUGAGGAUAAGAGAACCAAAGACUACAGCUUUGAUUUUCGCAUCUGGAAAGAUGGUUUGCACCGGGGCAAAGAGUGAACAAUCAUCUAAGCUUGCAGCAAGGAAGUAUGCAAGGAUAAUCCAGAAGCUCGGGUUCGAUGCCAAAUUUAAGGAUUUCAAGAUUCAGAAUAUAGUUGGAUCCUGUGAUGUGAAAUUUCCCAUUAGACUUGAAGGUUUGGCCUACUCGCAUGGUGCUUUUUCAAGUUAUGAACCAGAAUUGUUUCCAGGAUUGAUAUACCGAAUGAAGCAACCCAAGAUUGUGCUGCUCAUUUUUGUGUCUGGCAAGAUUGUCCUCACUGGAGCAAAGGUGCGGGAUGAGACAUAUACUGCUUUUGAGAACAUCUACCCUGUGCUUACAGAGUUCAGGAAGAACCAGCAAUGACCUGCUGUAUCUGUGCAGAUACUCAUUUGAAGGAGCAAGGUGAAGUGGGAUCACUAUUUGGCAGCACGACGUACAGAAUGUGCGACAAAGGGUCUUAUGAGUGAAGUUAUCGGGUCUUCUCUUCUUGAGUUCCGAGUACUUGAAGCAACAAUGUGGUUGAGGACCAUAUAUGUGUUUCUGCCAACUGGUCGUGAUUGUGGGGUGAGAUGGGAACCAAAGAUGUCCUCUUUGGCUGAUGUUGUGGACUUUUCUCUUAUUAAUCAAAGCUUUUUCCUCUCAUGCAUGCGUCUUUUAUAUUCACAUGGCAAUGGUUUAAAACUGUGACACUGCUAAACUUCUCCAAGUUAGGCUCAAUAUUCUGGUUUUUCCAAGAUCAGUUUCAUCCUGAAAACCUACCAAUUACUAAAAUAAAAAUAGAAUGAUGACUUGGUAGUGUGAAAAAUAUGAAUGUUGUACUAUAUGAUAUUAGACCUCAGAAGUUGGAAGUUUGUAAAAGAUAGAGGGUUUAAAAAUAUCAGAGUUAGAGA